AUGAAAAUUCACAGAGUCUGUCUGUUCAAGAAAUUCAAUGAUAUCAGUGCAACUGCCAUCUAUGAUAACUUCAACUGCUUAUUCAUAGAACAUCUGCUUGCAAUCUGCAUUGAGUAUAUCUGCCUUGAAUAUGCUAAUAUUCUCAACUUCAUAUUCUUUAACAAGCUUCUCAACAGCCUUAUCAAGAAGUGGUCAACCUUUAUCAGAGAUCGCAUGGACUAUGCAGCAAAGAAUGAUAAUGUCACAUCACUAGAAGAUGAUUUCCUUGAUCUCUGCAGAGAUAUACUACUCCGCCUGCUGUUGAAUGACAAAAAUGCCAGAGAUGACACAAAGAAUGCCAAAGACACCAUCAAGAAGAAUAAGGAUAAUAAGAAGAACAACAAGAAGUGUACUCACUGCAAGCAGGAUGGCCAUGAAGAGCCUUACUGCUGGUUCGCACACUCUGAAAAGCAUCCUGUUGAUUGGAAGGAUAGAACAAAGAAUAAUAAUGAAAGCUCAGCGCCUACAUACACCACUGUUGAGCAUGUCUACUAA